UUAAUCACAAAAACAUUAGUAAACUUGUUAGUUAUUAUAGCCACAAUGUCUUCACUAAUGAUGUGUUGUUUGCUUCUCUUGUUUGGUUUGUUGUCUGAAGGUAGAGAGAUUCUGGUGGGAGGCAAGUCUAACACAUGGAAAGUUCCGGAAUCUAGAGAUGAAACACUAAACCAAUGGUCAGAGAGAACAAGAUUCAAGAUUGGAGAUUCUCUCUUGUGGAAAUACAAUGCAGAGAAUGAUUCAGUGCUACAAGUAAGGGAAAAAGAUUACGAGAGAUGUGACAGAUCAGAGCCUAUAAGAGGAUACAAAGAUGGUCACACGAAUAUAGAGCUGAAGAGGUCAGGUCCAUUUUACUUCAUAAGUGGAGAAGAAGGACAUUGCCAAAGAGGUGAGAAGCUUCGUGUCGUUGUCUUGUCUCCAAAUCAUAAGAGAAGCGUUGUUGAUGCUCCUGCUCCUGUAAACGUCGACUUGUCUCCAAAUUACAACAGAAGCGUUGCUGCUCCUCCUGUAAACGCUCAUAUCACAAACAAGGGAAGCCUGAACAGAGGAGCAUGGAGUUUGCUUCUUCUUCCAUUAGGCCUUUUGGUUUAGUCUUGUUAAUCACCUCUUAGCCAAUUUGGUUCGAUUUCGGUUUGUAUUUUCCGGUUUACUUGUUAUUUUGGCUUAUGAUUGUGAAGUACUCUGUGUUUAAUACAAUGUUAGUUUUUGGUUUGGAUCUAAA